AUGUCAUCAAAAGUCGAGUACAUCGAAGUUGACACGCUCGAUACCCCGGCAAUAGCCCGCAAGCUCAACAAAUACUGCCGCAAAAUCGACACCCGCAUUCUCAUCUACGCCAUCGUCCUAUGUGUGCUCAACCAAAGUGACCGCGGUUCCAUCGGUGUAGCCAAAGUUGUCGGCUUGGAAAAGGAUUUGGGCAUGGUCAAUAACGACUUUAACAUUGCCACGACACUGUUUACAGUUGGGUACCUUUCGCUCGAAAUGUUUUCAAACUUUUUGCUAAAACACAUUGGCGCAUCACGGCUGCUGCCCACCUUGGGUAUUCUCUGGGGCAUAGUGUGUGCGCUACAGGGCGUUAUUAAAACCAAAACCCAGCUUUAUGUGAUGCGACUGCUCUUGGGUAUGGCCGAGUGUGGAUUUACGGCUGGGAUUCUGCUUAUUCUGUCGUUUUUCUACCCCAAAGGCAAACUAACUACGCGCGUCGGAUUCUUCUACCUAAGCUCGCCACUCUCCAACGUGUUCUCCGGCCCAUUGGCCUCCGCCCUAUCACACAUUGACCAUCCGACAAUAAAACACUGGCAAUGGGUGUUUAUCCUCGAAGGACUCAUUACAGUGGUUGUGGCAUUCUUUGGAUAUUAUAUUUUCCAAGACCAUCCGGAAAAAUGCUCUUUUCUAUCAGACGACGAGAAGGAAUUCAUUGUGGCGUAUAAGCGCCGGGAGGGUACCUUGGGUGGGUCUGAGCAGUUGUCAAUGCGGGAUACGAAGCGGACGCUUUUCGAUUGGCAGCUGUGGUGUAUGACCGUGGCGAAUUUUGCCGUGUGUGCGGGAUGUGUCACGGUGUCGGUUUUUGCUCCGGAAGUGAUCAAUGAGCUAGGGUUUUCGGCCACCGAGGCGCAGACCAUGAGCGCCCUGCCGUCUGCCUGCGGCGCAAUAGCGAUCUGCUUGCCGGGCAGAUCGCGUUGCCCUGGUGGCAGCAUAAUCAUGGUUGCUACGCUUAGUGUGCCCAUGCGUGUCUUUGGAUUGUGUCUUGUUGGCACUGGGUCAUUUGCUGGCUUGGGUAUCUUGCCAGGAUGGAUCAUUACAGCAAAUUCUCAGACAGUAGCGAAUUCGGCCGUGGCAUCGGGACUUACAGUGUUCAUGGGUGCUUCGGCGAGUUUUGAAUGGGAGACCGACCACGUACGUGACAAGCGCCGUCAGUGGCUGCUGAAAUGCCUAGGCGAUAACAUAGGAGACAGCUAUCUGUUCGAUGACUUUGUCAAAUCGCUGGGUGUGAAGCAGCGGUAUAAAACCAGGGGGUCGCCAGUGGCUGAUAGCAAGGGCAUUGUAGCCAAUGCACGUUAUGCGAUUAACGAAUUUGACGAUUUUCCCAUUGCUGACAUUUUCAAAAAGUACUCGGGGAAAUUGAUGGGGUUGACUAAGGAGGCUCGUUUGGUCGAGUAUUUUAUCCUCCUCUUCAACGCGAUGGUCAAUGCGGUUGAUGUCGCAAAUAGGGUUAUUCCGGCAGGUGGAACUCCAAUCCCAGAGUGUGGGCUUAUUGCGAUGGUCCAUAAGAGGGAUGUCAUACAAGGCACUCCACACAAGCCAGCUAUCGCGUUUUACCACAGGUACACAACACGGGACAUUCAUUCCGUUCAUGCUAUACUUGAGGCCAAGGUGGAUCCAGCUUUCAGUGGACCCCCAGAGGAUACUCGCGGCCAGCUCGCAGAUUACGGCCAUGUGCUUAAUGAUAAGCAGGCAACCCGCACGUUUGCACCCGUCUUCUACCUCCAUGGGCACCUCCUGACGCUUCAUGCAUAUUAUCGUGACAAACUGUACGUCGUUGAGUUUGGUGAUAUAUGCUUUGAUACUGAUUAUUGGAUGUAUAACGGAGCUGAAGAUAUCCAAAAAUGCCUCAUGCGGCUCUGGUUCCUGCUGACUCUUGAGUCGGACAUUUUCGGGCAUUUCUGCAAUGUCUCUGAGAAAUCCAACUCUUUCAUUUUUUCGCAGAAAGUUGAUGUGGAGAGCAAGGGCGAUUCAAAAUCAAAGUCUUAUACUCGGUUUCCCAGGAUCUUUCCUGGACCCAGUCAAUCGUUUGCCGAGGGCGCCGCAUACGCCAUCCUCAACAAGAGACCAGUCGAUCACCUCAAUGGAUACCGGCUGGAGUUUGUGCUCAUGGAGGACUGUGGCCAGCCAAUGGCUGAGUAUCUGAAAGGUAAGACCGAAAAGGAGAUACGCAAGCUAGUUCCUAGGUUUGCAUAUGACACUGGCGUCCUGCACAGGGACAUCUCGGCAGGGAAUGUGUGCGUCAAAAACGACAAGGUGUAUGUCAUUGACUGGGGCUGUGCCAAGGUCAUUGGCUGGGGCACUACUAAGGAUGCUGCUAGGACACUGCUAGGGACACUGCUAGGACACUGCUGGGACACUGAUGUGGACACUGAUGAGGACACUGAUGAGGACACUGAUGAGGACACUGAUGGGGAUGCUGUUGAGGAUGCUGCUGAGGACACUGACCCAACUCAACUCAAACACAUUGAGGUUGCUGAGCAGGACGCCACUUUUCAUGGGAAUUCCCAUCUCAGCAGCAGCCCCAUCCGGGGAAUCCUUGAUGACCUGGAGAGUGUUUUCUAUGUCAUUAUGGAUGCAGUGCGCCCAGCUGGUACUAAGAGGGAUGAUGUUCAGGGGUUCAAGUUCCUGGACUCUCCAUCCCUUGCCAUCACAAGGUGGGGCUUGAUCCAAGGUGGUGGUAUCUUGCUGAAGGGGUUCAGUGUUGACGAUAUUAGCCAUAGGCUCAAAAAGCUCAUUCAUGUGAUGCGCCAGUUCCUUUUUGAACCGGAAAACAAGGUUAUGAACCACCGGCUCUGGUGGGACAAGAAAUUUGUCCGACGGGCCAACUGGGAUGCCGCUCCCAAGUUUAUGCAUCCCAAAGCGAUUGAGCUGCUCAAAGAGGAUAAUGGCCAGCUUAAGCGACCGGCUGAGGACGAGGUCAAUGCUGAGUUGCUCAAAAAGAUAUGCACACUUUAG